GGCGUCCGCGUCCCUACUCCCCCUAGUCAAAGAGGUGGUCUGAAGCGAACACCCCCAGAAAUUCUCCUGCGCCGCCGCUUGCAUCUUCGCUCGUAGGCCGCGCCGCCCGCAUACUCGCUGGUUCGUCGCCAGCUGCUCCCCGCGCUCGUCCACACCGCCGCUCAUCGCACAGAGCUCGCCCGCAGUCUUUCGCGGUGAGAAUUAGGGAGAAAUAAGACGCGAGUGAGAAGAAUCGUUGGAUUAGCAGGCCCACCCAUCUAGUCUUGGGCGGAUACGGUUCCAAUCCAUAUCUGCGGGUGUUCUCGGCUUUGGGCGCCACCGCCGCAUCUGUCGCCAGGCACGAUGUGCCAUCGGUAAAUCGCCAUUGGGCCCAUCGUCAUCUGCGGACGGUGCGAAGCGCCUCAAAGUCUCGUGCUCUGACUGGCGCUGCAUCGUCUACCAGAGCAUUGGUCACCGCCUCGGCCUCCAAUCUAAGACGUCGUUGACGAGUCUUCCGCGUCUUCGUCGAGGUGGAGAACACUCACUGCACUGCAAUCAGUAAGCUAUUGCCUCUACAGCUUUGCCAGCAAUGUUGCAUCAGAUUUGAGCAACAGAAACAAAACUGAUAAAUGCAAUGCAUCAAACUCCAAACAGUAAUGAUGAAAAUAGUGCUCCCAAAGCUGCGCAUCCAGAGUCCCAUAUUGUUAAACUAAUGAGUGUUGGGUCACCCACUUUCUCAAGUUUACAAGAGCCCAUAAAAGAUGAAGACUCACUUCACAAAGGAAGAAAGCGGAAGGCAACCACACAAGCCGUUCAAAUAAGCCCCAUUUGCCAUCAUGAAAUAGAAAAUAUUCAUACAACUGAGCUACCUUCUGCCUGCCAGUAUGUCAAGGACAGACUAACAGGGAAGAUUACCUGCAUGGUGUGUGGCAAAGAAGGGCAUUACACUUGUGAUUGCCCCAUGAAGGAUCAAGAGGAAAAAGUCAUAUGCACUCUUUGUAACAAGGUUGGCCACUGUCAUUUGUGGUGUUGUCGACAGAAUGUGUCAGAGAAUCAUGCUUGCCAUCGUUGUGGCGAAAAGGGGCACUAUGCCAAUAAGAAGCUCAGUCAUUUUGGAGAAAAGUGCAGUCAUAAUAGGGAAAUCAGUUGCUCCAGCUGUGAUACAAACCAUCUACUCGGAGAUUGUCCUAUGGGAAAAAUUACAUGUUUCCUUUGUGAGGGGAAACAUCAUGUGCCUGCUCAGUGCCGCUUAAGUCCAAUCCUCACUAUAGCAACUCAGUAUCAUCGAGAAAGUUUACGUGCCACGCUGAAUAAGUUAAUGACAGAAACAAGUAGCGGAACAUUGACACCAGUGAAGCCAUCUAGAAAAUUGCCACAUCAUGAAGCAGUACCCAAGGUCUCAAACUUCAGCAGUAGUAAUGGGCAGGGCCAUUCUGCGAAGAAGAAACCCAUGAGAAGUGAGGUAACAGACUCCGAUAAGACCAACCAAGCCACAAUGAAGAACAAGGCAGCAAUGCUAGCAUCAAAAAUCACCUGUUUCAACUGCCAUGAAGAAGGGCACUAUGCACAUGGGUGUCCUAGAAAGAAAUCUUCUGGAGAAUUAGGGCUACAUGAUGUCGCCUGUCCAAAGAAAAAACCAGCCAGAGAAUUGGAGCUAUGUGAUAUCACCUGCUUCACAUGCCAUAAGAAAGGCCACAAAUCAAAUACCUGUCCCAAGAAUUGUCCCAAGAAGGGGAGAUGUGGAGAAUUGAAACUAUCUGAUGUCAUCUGCUUCAAAUGCCAUAACAAAGGCCAUUAUAUGAAUGGUUGCCCCGAGAAGAAGCCACUUGGAGAAUUGGAGCUAUCUGAUGUCAUCUGCUUGAAAUGCCAUGAGAAAGGGCAUUAUACAUAUAGCUGUCCUCAAUUGUUGUUUUUGUAGCUCUAUGGAGACAAUAUAACAUCUUUUCUUUGAUUGCCACUUUGCAAGGUUUAUUUGGAAUACCGUUUAUAUCACCUUGGAAUUCAGCCCCCUUCUACCUUUGUGAACAUGUUUGAUUUUUGGUUGAA